CUGUGUUUCAAUGGAGGAUAUUCCCGGAUAAUAACGGUGUAGCCGGUGAUGUUGAUAACUAUAAAGAAAGUGUAUUUAUAUGUGAGAGAGAGGCACAGAGCAAGAUGCUUGAGGGGAUUUAUGCUGAGCUGAAGACAUCCGGGGGACAACUCUGCGUAUAUCGAAUGUAGAAAGAAUGAGCACAUUUGUGACACUGGCGGAGGUGCUGGAGUCACGGGGAGCUCCUCUGGAGGAGGACGAGGUCUGGGCUCUCCUCCUCGCUGCUGCAGAAACCCUAAUCUCCAUCUCCACUAAAGAUCCUGGAAACAUGUGCUGUGUCAUCAGUCCCGGCUCCAUGCUCCUUUCUGCCGUCGGCUGUGUUGCCUUCAAAACCUGCGGCCGAUCUGAGGACAUGAGCUCAUUCGCUUCCCCGGAGAUGUCACAGAGCAGCUCUUCCACCAGAAGACAGGCCACGGAGAAGAUGGUGGUUUACUCACUAGGCAUGACUCUCUAUUGGACAGUCGAUUAUCACCUUCCACAAAAUCAGCCGGUCCGGCUCAGUGACAGUCUGAACAGUGUUUUACUGAGCAUGUGUGAGGAUGUGGCUCACAGACGCAUGAACCUGCUGACGGUGAUGGAGACGUGUCAACAACACCAUACGAGCGCCGUCCUGCCCCGGCCACAGAAGCCCAUCAGACAGAUGGCAGAGGAGGUUCUGCAGGCUGAAAGAAACCCCGAUGAUUCAUCUCAUCUUACAGACCGAAGCCAGAGGCUCAGAGAAAGACUGCGAGGUGCUUCCUGUCAGAACUCUUUCUGGCCGCUGAAAGACAACCGCACACGGUCACCAGCAGACUUCAGCAGAAGUCAUAGCUCACACCAAAAGAGCAGAAACAUGGCAUGGCUGAGCCAAAGUCCUGUUCUGGACAGACGCCGUCACUUCAACUCAAGGGCAGAUCAGCUGCUUGGCUCUUCAUUCAGCCUUAAUGAACGGAAAAUAAAGGACACGGGCCCAGAGUUCAUCCAAAUGCUGGAGGAGCCUCUGGUGGAUUUAGAGCUGCCUAACUCUAUUGUGUCAAACAAAGGCAGGUCACGAUCAAACCAAAGGGACUUGAGGGUGAUGAUGCCAAACGGACAGAACAUUCUGCUCAAGUGUGAUGUCAAGUCCCGAGGAGGCGACGUCUUCGAUAUGAUCGCCGCUCACGCCAACCUCGUGGAGCACUUUUACUUCGGCCUUGCAUAUAGUGAUGAUAAUGAAUUUUUCUUUAUUGACAAUGACUCCAAAAUAUCCAAAGUUGCCCCUGGCGCCUGGAAGAAAGGGCCCUCUGCCACAUUUGUGCUUUAUUUCCGCAUCAGAUAUUUUGUGACUGACGUUUCUGUUCUUCUACACAAGCUGACCCGUCAUCAGUACUAUCUCCAGCUGAGACGGGACGUUCUGGACGAUCGUCUGUCCUGUAACGAGGAGACCUGCUUGUUUCUUGGUGCCUUGGCUCUUCAAGCAGAGUUUGGGGACAGUGUACCCGAGGUCUGGGGGAAGAACUACUAUCAGCCGGAGCAUUACGUCUCCAAGAGGGUUUUGCAGAAAAUGGCAAUGCCUUGCCUGAAAGAAGAGCUGCUCCGGUUACACGCCAACAACGCAAACAUGAGCCCAGAGGAGGCGGAGCUUGAGUUCCUCAAGAGCGUCCAGCAGCUUCCGGAGUACGGCGUGCUGCUCCACCGCGCGGCCCGAGAGAAGAAGCCCGUGUUCGGAGAGCUGCUGCUGGGAGUCUGUGCCAAAGGAGUCGUUGUGUAUGAAGUUAUUAAUAACUCCCGAACCGCAAGCCUUAGAUUCCACUGGAGAGAGAUGACCAACAUCACCUCAGCGCGACGUAAGUUCAUCAUUGAGAGCAGCACCAGUAAAAAGAAGAACAUCUUUCUGACCGAAAAGUCAAAAGUGGCCAAAUACCUGUGUGACCUCUGCUCUGCACAGCACAAGUUUCACAAAGAGAUGAGCUCGCGCCGGCUCACACACAGCCUCGCUUCAGAGGACAGUAUGGUGCAGUAUUCAGCCGCCUGCAGGACUCAGAACAACCAGCUCAACGGAGAACGCCUCGACACCUCCAUGAGCAGGUUCUGUGAGGACGUCGCUUCCCGCAUCGAAGCAAAGAUCAAGCAACAAAGAGACUUACUGGACCGCAGAGGAUCUCAAAGUCCAGCGUUUCAGAGAAGCUCUUGUAGCUCUCCAAAGCGUUGCUAUGAAGUCCCUUUAAUGUCUUCACCUUUAAGAGAUACUCCAACACCUGUACGAUCUCCAGAGAGGGAAAUAAUCUGCGUUUCCCUCAAAAAGGAUCCCAAAGUUGGCCUGGGUAUUGUAAUUGUCGGAGAAGACAAUGCUGGGAAACUGGACCUCGGGAUCUUCAUCGCAUCUAUAGUACCUGGAGGUCCAGCGGACCGAGAUGGACGCAUCAGACCAGGUGGUCGACUCAUCUCUCUGAAUCAGCUCAGUCUGGAGGGCGUGUCCUUCAGCGAGGCCGCUGACAUCAUGCAGAGCAGCUCCAAUCAGGUGGAGCUCAUCGUCUCUCAGCCUAAAGCUCUGUAUAAGCGUGGAGGCGCUGGUCCUCUGGCCGAGAGGAACUAUGAGUCUCAGAGCACUAUACUGGACGACGGUCGAGCAGGAGACGACUAUCUGGACGAGCUGGUCAGUGUUAUGAUGACCCCUAAAGGAACGAACCGGCUCCAUGUUCCUGAGGUCCGCAUCAUAAACGCUCAGGAUGAUUAUUCCAGGUCAGCGUCUCUGAUCAGCCUGAGACCUGAAGACUUUACUGUGACUCUACAGAAAUCUGGAGGGAGUCUGGGCAUCAGUAUCGCUGGAGGAGUGAACACAGGUCUCUGUUCUGGAGGUAUUUACAUCAAGAGUCUGGUUCCUGGUGGAGCGGCUGAACAAGACGGACGUCUCCAGACAGGGGACAGACUGUUGGAAGUGGACGGCACCAGACUGCAGGGAUUCACAGAUCAGCAGGCGGCUGAAUGUUUGGCAAGAACAGGAGAGGUGGUGAGUCUGGUGCUGCAGCGAGGCGCUGGGAACACACCCACGAGGAACAGCUGUCCUGACAUCAGCAUGACCAGACCCUUCAGCCUCAGGACCACACACUACAGCUUCGUCUCGCACGACAACAUCCAGGAGGUGACUCUGAAGAAGAGACCGAACGGUCUGGGCUUCAGCUUCUUCAUCACAGAGCUGGACACGUCUCUGGACUGCGGCUCCAUCGUGCGGAUCAGAACACUGUUCCCAGGUCAGCCAGCGGAGGCGAGCGGCAAGAUUCGGGAGGGAGACGUCAUUCUGUCCAUUAAUGGAGAGCCACUCAAGGGCUUGUCCUAUCAGCAAGUGCUGCGGUUACUGAGGAACUCUCCUUCAGAGGUGCAGCUGCUUCUCUGCCGUCCUGCUCAAGGAACACUUCCACCUAUAACAGAGAAAAUUGGCCAACUGACCUGCAGCUGAAGCAGUCUUCUCCUGGGAAUGAAGCUCAUGGAGGAACCCUAGUGCAUUAUGGGAGAGGACAGAUUAGAAAACCGAAGAGUCUGAAUGUCCUUUAGGGAAAAAAAAAUCAAACUGAUUUCAAGGAGAUUUGGGGUCUUCUGAGCAUUGGGAACAGAAACUGACCGAGUGUGCUGCCAAACAUUUCCUGCACUUCUCUCGACUGGACAGAAAGG